GGCGGGGUCGGAACGUCUUUCUCCCGGGCGGCGGCCCAGGCGGGAACAGUUACCCCCCGCACCAACCAUGGCCGCAGCUGCAGUGGGACAGAUUUGGGCCCGAAAACUUCUUCCUGUCCCUUGGCUUCUGUGUGGUCCCAGAAGAUAUGCCUCGUCCAACUUCAAGGCUGCAGACCUACAGUUGGAAAUGACACAGGAGCCUCGUAAGAAGCCUGACCCCAGCGAGCCCCUGGUGUUUGGGAAGACAUUUACUGACCACAUGCUGAUGGUGGAAUGGAACGAGAAGAAGGGCUGGGGCCAGCCCCGAAUCCAGCCCUUUCAGAACCUCAUACUGCACCCGGCCUGCUCUGCUCUCCACUACUCGCUACAGCUCUUUGAGGGUAUGAAGGCGUUCAAAGGCAGCGACCACCGGGUGCGGCUCUUCCGACCCUGGCUCAACAUGGACCGGAUGCUGCGCUCGGCCCUGCGCCUCUGCCUGCCGAGUUUCGACAAGGUCGAGUUGCUCGAGUGCAUCCGCCGGCUUGUGGAAGUGGACAAAGACUGGGUUCCUGACAGCGUGGGUGCCAGCCUCUACGUGCGGCCUGUGUUCCUCGGGAACGAGCCUUCGCUAGGUGUCGCCCGUUCCACACAAGCCCUCCUGUUCGUCAUUCUCUGCCCAGUGGACUCAUACUUCCCUGGAGACGCCAUGAGCCCUGUCUCCCUCCUGGCUGACCCAACAUUCAUCCGGGCCUGGGUGGGUGGGGUCGGCGACUGCAAGCUGGGUGGGAAUUAUGGGCCUACGGUGUUUGUGCAGCAGGAGGCGAAAAAGCAGGGCUGUGAGCAGGUCCUCUGGCUGUAUGGGUCUGACCACCAGCUCACCGAAGUGGGCACCAUGAACAUCUUCAUCUACUGGACCUACGAGGAUGGCGUGCUGGAACUGGUGACUCCACCGCUGGACGGUGUCAUCCUGCCUGGAGUCGUCAGACAGAGUCUGCUGGACCUGGCUCAGACCUGGGGAGAGUUCCGGGUAGUAGAGCGUAAGAUCACCAUGAAGGAGGUUGUGCGAGCACUGGAGGAGGGACGGGUUCGGGAAGUCUUUGGCUCAGGCACCGCUUGCCAGGUCUGCCCUGUGCACCAAAUCCUGUAUGAAGGCAAGCACCUCCACAUUCCCACCAUGGAAAAUGGGCCUGAGCUUAUCCUCCGCUUCCAGAAGGAGCUAAAGGCAAUCCAGUACGGAACAGGAGCCCACGAGUGGAUACUCCCGGUGUGAUGCUGUGGGCUGUACCUGGCCACCCCUCGGAUCCAGCGAACUGUUGCAUCUAGUCCCCGCUGGACCCUCCCCUCCCUACCUGUGACUCACCUGAAGUGCAAUAUUACAUAAAAAGCCCGGGUCGGGAAGCCUGGGUCUCUGGCGCCCCCACGUGGUUGCUACACUCCCAAAGCCCUAAGGGCCGGACCCAGCCGGUCGUGGCCCCUCCCUCCGCCUCUCAGGCCUGGGGGGAUUUGAACUCCCCGCUGCUCUGUCUUGUGGUGUCAAAGAUACGCCUUGGCCCGGAUUCUGCACCUCUCCGUUCUCAGGCCGGAUCUCCCAAGUGCUGUCGAUUUUUUUUUUUCUCGCUGAAAUUUUGAAAUAAAAUGCCAAAUAGGACAUUC